UGUCAUACAUACAAUACACGAAAAUACACAAGAAGGGUAUACAAGAAAAUCAUGAAAAUUUUGUAAAAAAAGUCUAAUUAAAUAACUUAAACUUCCUAUAAAAAUUCAAAAUUUUUGUAAAAUGCCGAGUGCGCGACGGCGACGGUUUAAUGCUCAAAAUGAUGUAGCAAAGCGACAAAAAUCAAAAACACACACUGAAACUCAGAUCAGCUCUCUAGAUUCUGAUGUAGGCAUAAGCUAUUCACAAAAUCUGUCGGGUGUCAAGAACACAAAAUCUAGAAAUAGCAUGUAUGCAAACACUUCGAAGAAUUCAUCCAUGCUAGAAUUCGUUUCGGAAUGCAAAAGUGCUACGUCCACGGCAACGAUACUAGAAUUAAAUAUAAUUAGUACCGAUAAAGACGUAACUGCAAGUUCUAGUAAUAUUGACUUAUUUACGAAGAUGAAUACUGCUGAUUCGAUAAUUGUAAAUAAUUCAAAAUACGAUGUUAUGAACGAUAACCAAAUCAAUAAAAAACCUAUAGAAAACAAAAACAUAGGAAACAAUAAUGUUCAAAAUGAAAGAACUUUAAAACGAACUCACCGUAUCAAAGUAAGAAGCCCAAAGCGAAAAGAUCCAGAGAUAGAGAAAAGUAUUUGUCCGAAAAAAAAUAUUGGUAUUAAUGCAGUCGAUUGUGGGGACGAUUUGCUUAAAGAUGACAAAACUGAAAUAGAGUUGCAAGUUCUCAAGCAAGUAACUGAAGUAGCUGCGAAUACUGAAGAAGAAGAGAGAGUAAGCAGUCAUUCUAUGGAAUACAUGUGCCGUAUUUGUCAUAGUGGGGAAACAGUUUCUAGUGAAUCGGGUCGCCUAAUAUCAGCUUGUUCGUGCAGAGGGACUGUUGGUAAAGUUCACGUCAAAUGCUUAGAGAGAUGGUUGACAGAAUCCGGAAAGUCUAGAUGUGAAUUAUGUGGGAUUAAGUAUGUCACGAAACGCGUACAUAAAUUCGGCGUCCUAAAGUCACUUGUUAUGUGGAUUUUUAGCAAUAAUUCUAAGCAUAUGAUGGUCGACUUCUUCGGUAUUUUGAUAAUGACACCAAUCGCGGUUGUCGCCGCGGGUCUCACGGGGCGGACAUUUGCUGGUCUCAUGACUCAGGACCAGUUGACGCCGUGGCCUUUAGCUUCUACCUUCGUGUUAGCUUGCAUGACCCUGGUGUGCUACUACUGCUGGAUAGUAUCCGCUCUGACUCGUCACGCACUGGGAUGGUGGAUUUGGUACAGAUCCCACUACGAAGUGAGGCUGCAGAUCCAGGAGGAAGGAGAACACUUGCAGGAUUCGAUUGUAAAUCGUUUAUACUGACUCCUGAAAUGUACCUAAAUGUUUACAUUAAGGUUCUACAGUGAUAGCCUGCCUUUGAACUGCAAGUCAAAUCACAGUUCAAUUAGGCCAUAGCUCCCAUAGCUU